AUGCCGGAAGACGUUGAGCCCAACGGGGCAGAGGUCUCGGAUGCCAUGUCUGAGAAUGAGAACGAGUACGACGACCCGGAUCUCCCGAUAAAAGUCGACGAAGAAGAUAAGAUGGCUGAACAAAACACAUCCCCCGAGCCUGGCACCGAAGGCUCCGGAGAAGUCAAGAAGAAGUACGAUCCUAAAGACCCCCAUCGCCCCCGGCGCAAGAAGGCCAGGCGCGCAUGUUAUGCCUGUCAAAGGGCCCAUUUAACCUGUGGCGAUGAACGACCUUGCCAACGAUGCAUUAAACGCGGCCUGGCAGAUGCCUGCCAAGAUGGUGUCCGCAAGAAGGCCAAAUACUUGCACGAUGCACCCCCGGAGGCUUUGAGACCAGUUCUCGGGCCUAAUUACAACCCAAGUUCUGGCACAAAGCAGUCAAAUGGAAGACAUCUUUCGAAUGCCACUUCGGAAUCUUCAUACUACCCCCAGUCAACAAGUUCGCAGUCGUACCCUGUAUACACAGGCGGGCAGCCACAAGUCACAGCACUAUCUGACGGCAUGACUUUCACCGGCCAGCCGUCACCUGUAUCGCCCUCGUUCCAGCAGCAUAACAACGCCCGAACAUCUCAAAUGAACAAUAUGCAGGUCCCAACCCCUACCAACGAGAUGGGCAGCUUCUCAACCGCCUUGUUUGACCCAAGCAACCCCGCCAUCUUCAAUUUCGACUUGGAAGGUCUCAACUUUGGCAGCCACUACGGCGCAAUGGAGUUCGGAAUGCUGGGUCACAUGGCUUCAGGCACCGCCGAGACGCCACCACGAGACCCUUCUAUAUCACAAGGGACCAACCCUGAAUUGAAUUAUGGUGUUGGCGGACAUGUGUACUCGAAUGGCGGCAGCCAGUACAACCAAAUGUAUGACAACGGUAUGAUUGACAACUACAUGAACGCCGACCAUAACAACAAUAACGGCAUGUACGCCCAAGGGAAUCUUCAGCAUGGAUUACCCCACGCAUAUGCCAUCGCCGCGGCCGGUCCAACCCCAACUAGCCUUGCGAGUCCAGGAACGGACAAUACGGCAAGCCCUCAGCCAACGAAUUAUGGAUUUGAAGGGUCUCCAACUGCGGGCACAUACACACCAUCCAGCAACCCACCGAUUUCUCAACCACCGAGGCCUAAACAAAAACAAAAGUCGGCCGUUAUAUCCAAGUUUGGACCUCAGUCCUUGCUCGGCAAGCGGCAACGUGAUCCAUCCUCCAUAUACGAGACGGUUAAAGAGCCCUAUCCGUACUUGACAGGUUUUCACAAUCUGAUUGCCUUUGUGAAGCGCCGCUUUUCUAACAACAAAACCAUGAGGAUUGCUAAGUCCCUUGCAAGUAUACGACCAUCCUUCAUAGCUUGCACAAGGCAUCUUAACCGGCAAGAUCUCAUCUUCAUGGAGAAAUGUUUGCAACGCACUCUAUUCGAGUACGAAGACUACAUGGGCCAUUGUUCAGCGCCAACAAUUGUUUGUCGCAGAACAGGCGAGGUUGCCGCCGUCAACAAGGAGUUCAUCGCUCUGACAGGUUGGACAAGAGAGGUUCUACUUGGGAAGGAGCCAAACGUCAACGUCAACACGGGCGAAUCGGUAGCUGGCUCUUCUGCCAGCAACUCGGGCAAGGCGGGAAUCACGACCCCACAGCUCAAAGCUUUUCAACCGGAAGCAUCCAUGCCACCAGACGGCAAACCGCAACCGGUGUUUAUUGCGGAGUUGAUGGAUGAUGAUAGUGUCAUCCAAUUCUACGAAGACUUUGCCCAACUUGCCUUUGGAGAUAGCCGGGGUCACGUCACUAGGAAGUGCAGGUUACUCAAGUACCGGACCAAGGAGGCCACUGACAGCCUCACCAGCGACGAGCCGUCCCAAAAAGACCCCAGAGGUAGUAUUCUCAGCAAUCGAGUUACUCGAAUAGAUGGAGAGCACGGCAUCUCUAGAAUCGAGAAGGACGGCAAGAUGGACUGCACAUACUGCUGGACGAUCAAGCGCGACAUGUUUGAUAUCCCCAUGUUGAUCGUUAUGAACUUCUUACCGUGCUAUUACCGCAACCAAGACCAACUCGCCGUGUAA